AUGAGUGUUGUAGAGCAGAAGAUCGAGGAUGAACCAGAGCAAACUGAUUACCUCACUUGGCGUGAUCAAAACCUAACUGACAAACAAUCAGAAAUGGAUGAACUUAAGGAUGAGCAAAAACAAACUUUCACACGAAUUUUUGAGUUACAAGAUCAACUAGCAAAGGAAUCUGAAGACAAGACCACAAUUCAUAGCCUGAAAGUUCGAAUCGCAAAUUUAUCGCGGAAGAUUGCUAAAAUUGCCGUGGAAAUGGAAUCAACUACUUUGGAAAUGCACGUGCUGAACUCUGUUGAAAGCUUUGAAAUAUUCGAGCAAGCCAUACCAUAUCUGAACCGUAUAAGGAAUGCUCAAUUGGAAAUAGUCAACUCUUCUGAGUUUCUUCGUGUGAGUAACUAA